UUGUAGCUUUAUUUUAAUAAUAUAUUCAUUAAGAGAUUAAUUUAAAAUAAAUUAUUAAAAUGAAAUUUAAUUGUUAAUUAAAAUAAAAAAGAUGUCUAGACCAAAUAAAGUCACAACGAAUAAAAUCUCAAAUACAACGAAAAUUCUUCAGUCCGGAAAAACAGACCAAAAAAAACGUAUUGCUUCAAAAACAGCAACAGCAAGCCCUAGUACCUCCUCAAAAAAUAUAACAAAUUCCAAAAGUACAGAUACUAAAAAAACUAAAGAGGAUGAAAAAAAUGUCCAAAUACCAACUAAAGUUUCAAGUAAAAAAAACUUACUUGCAAAACAACCCUCAGUUAACAAAGUAAAUCAACUGACUAAUUCAGUUUCUAAAAUGAAAACGAAACCAAUUUCAACUAAAAUAAAAACUGAUACCACAUCUUCGAGGUAUGAACCUUUAAAAGCAAAACGUGAUGUUAUUAUGCAAAAUAAACUUAAAAAUCUCAUACCCAGUAAACCGAAUUUAGUCAAAGACACUUAUCACAAUGUUACUGUUGCCUCGCCGCCACCAGUAAGGAAAAAACAAAAUUCAGUGGAAUUUCAAAGUUUACCAUCUGAAGCUCAAUUAAAAGAUGAUUUUGAUGAUAUUCCUACAAAUAUACACGAAAGAAGAAGAACUGUUACAUUGGAGCCAAAAGAAGUUAUUAUGUUAAAAAAAUAUGACAAUGAAAUAAAAAAAAACACCGAAACAAGCUUUGCCACUAAUACAGAUUUAAUGGGUGAAGUAAUUCCAGUUAUUUCAAUUAAAGAACCUAUUGCCUUCGAAAUUAAUUUCGAUAACGAAAAAAGUAAAUUAGAAACUAGUCAAAUUGGGCUUAACGAGACUAAAAAGAGUGGAGAAAAUCUUAAUAAUAAUGAUGAUGAAGAUAUUUCUUCGAAUGAUUCAUUAGAAAAUUCAUAUGCAGAUGAUUUUGAAUCGUAUGAAUCAGAUUUUGAAAGUGGAUCGUCAUCUGCUGAAGCUACCGAUACAGAAGAAUCCAAUGUGUCUGAAAAUUCUAACACUCAUAGUAGGUCAGAUGUAGGUGGCAAACAAAAUAUUAACAAUGACGAAGAAGAGGAUUCUGAUGAAACUCAACCACCAAUUACGGUAAUCCACAGAGAAGAAAGAGAAACUGAGAGAAAAUUAGACUCGGGAAAUUAUGAUUUAAAAUCGACAAAUUCUGGUAACAAAUCUUUGGAAAAUAAGACUAUUCAAUACCAACAAAAUGUGGAAGAAAAAAAUCUUGAACAGCAACAAUUAGAUAGCUUAGAAACUACAACAAAUAAUUCUGAUAGAUUGGAUUCAGGGAUCGGCUCCAAUUCAAAAGGAUCUAUUAUAUUUACGGAGUACAGUAAAGAAGACUUUGUUGGAUCAAUUUUUCCAGUUUCAAGCGAAUCUAUACGGGGAAAGGAGUUAAUGAGAAAAAUUCAACUUGAUGAAAUCUCGUAUCAUCUUUUUGAUUUAAAACCGAUGGAUUACGAAUAUUUUAUAAAAAUUUACGGUAAUUUGAAAGUUUCACAGUUAGAUACAGAAGGUAAUGACAGUUUUAAUAAUGCUGAUGAAUAUCAAAAUUCAUCACAUAUAGAUAGUAGAUCAGUAAUAAAUAAUCAUGUAAAUGCUGUAAAUGAUAAUCAGGAUAAUAAUCAAGGAAAUGAUGAAAUCGAACUCUCUAAUAAUAUUUCAAAAACAAUUAAAUUAUUAGAAGCAUUUAAGAAAACUGAUUCAAAAAAUACUAAUCGACAUUCCGAAAAUCAAGACAUCGAUUUAGAUAAGUUAAAUCAAUUUUUAAAUGGAGUAAAAAUGACAGUUUUUGAAGUUUUAAAUCGAAAUAGUAAAACGGCUACUGCCUUAAAUACUACAAAAUUAAGUUUCAGUUGCGGUUAUAGAACAUUAAAUGCGAAUUUUUUGAAUGCUCUUAAAGUUACUAAAAUAUUUUCAGCAGUCAAAUAUAAUUUCAUUUUAACAAUACAUGAGAGCACUGAAGAUAUUUAUAAAAAUGAAUUUCAAAAUUUAAUUGUUGUUUGGAGUAAUUCUGAUUGUGAGAAUCCGAUACGUUUGUUAUCUACUUGGAGUCAAGUUAGUAAAGUGGAUAUUUGUACUGAAUCAACAGAUAUAAUUGUAAGUGGCUUAAAAGAUGGUAGCAUAGCUAUGUGGGAUUUACGUGAAUCAUAUUCAUAUUGUUCAAAAUUAGACGGAUACUUAACUCAUUUUGCUGCAAGUCAGUCAAUUGUACCGAUUGUGCCUAGUGAUAGGGGAAUUCAAACAAGGUUAAAAGGAGAUUUAGGAUCCGUAGUAGAUAUUAAAAGUUUUAAGCCUGAAACAGGAGCAUAUGCAUUAAAAGCAUACAGACAAAUACAGUUUGUUUCGUUGAAUGACACAGGAAUAUUAACUAUAUGGAGUUUAAUUGAAAUAAAUCAGUCAAAUUUUGCUGCAAGAUCUCAAUCAAAUGAAUAUAAUAAUUUAGAUAUUAAACAUGAAUUUUCAUCACCAUGGACUAGAGUGAAAUUAGUACAGAGUGCAAUUUGUGAUUUACGAAGUUAUUUAGAAAUUAAAAUUCUCAAAAAACAAACAAAAUUUGAACAGACACUUCUAUAUUUUGAAAAUGAAAUAUUCGAUGAUCAAACUUUACAGGAAUUACAAAAAACCAGUACAGAAGAUCAAAAUAAAAACAAAGAAUUACAAGGAUUAAGAUUUACUACAAUAGAUACAAGUAGUAAUAUGAUAUAUGUAGCAACAAAUCGAAAUUUUAUAUUAGUGUGCUCAAAAACAUUAAGACCAGAACGUUUUCGAAAAAUAUAUAUAAAUGAAAGUAUAUUUAUGUUCCCAACAGCGAUACGAUUACAUCCAAAUGACGAGUUUUUAAUAGUCGGAUUAUCAAAUGGUUCUGUGAUUGCAAUUAAUUGUAAUCAAAAUAAAACAAAUCCAAUAGAACAAGAAUUUGAUAAUGAAGACAAUGGAAGAAAAUCAAAUUUAGAUUCAAUCGAAAUGGAAAAAAUUCAAUCAUCUUGUGCCAUUCAAAAUAUGAUACGUAAUGAAAGAAAAAUGAAAUUUGAUGAACUAGAACAAUCUAACAACUAUUUUAUAAUAGAUGAAGAAUUUCGUCCAAGAACAGCUAUACCAGAAUUUGAAGAAUUAUUUGAAAAUCCAUGGAAACAAUAUAAAAUGUUUGAUCAACAAAUUUUAUUAAAUGGAACAAUUUUAAGAAAAAAUCUUAUCGAUUGCAUUGAAAUAUCAAUUGAUGGUAGAAAAAUGUAUUGUUUAAGUGAUGGUAAUAUAAAGAUCUAUGAUUUUCUUGAUGGAAAUGAAAUAAAAUGUUCAAAAGAUGAGGAAAUAAAAGGAAUAGGUUUAAUUAAAUCUGGAUCAGGUCCCGAACACAGUAUAGUGCUAUUAAAAUCAAACAAUAUUGUUGAGAUACACACGCCAGCUAAAUAAAAUUAUUUAGUAAUCGUAAAAUCAAAUAAUUAAAAAAAGUAAUUUAAAAUAAAAUGUGCCUUUUUUUGAAAGUUUUUAUGAAAAGUUGUUACAAGAUUUUUAAAAUUUUAUAAUUCAAUAAAA